AAACAAUCGUAAUCAUCAAAAAAUGUGUAAAAUUGUACUUGAAUAUUUACUACUCUUGGUAGAGUAGCCCUUAAUAACAGCAACAAGGAGGUGCGGUGGACGGGUGACUACACUAGUGUAUAUCAGUGUCUUAUUUACCACAGGGAAGGAUGCCAGCUUAUAAGAAAGAUGGUUAUGGUGGUGAUGACCGAGGUGGUGUCCGUUACAGGGGACGAGGCCGUGGUGGGUUUGGCCGGGCAGGGCGAGAUAGUGGUGGCGGCCGAGGCUAUGGACGUGGUGGAGGCAGUUAUGACCAUGAUAGAUAUAAGUGGAGUGACAGAGGAGGAAGACAUGAAGGCUCUGGGGGCUACAGAGACAGAGGUUAUGGUCAGAGCAGGUUCCGAGAUGGGCCAGGAAGCAGAAACCAGGGUGGUAGCUGGAACAGGGGGUCUGGGUCGGGCAGCGGACACAUGGAGAGAGGCAGGUCAGCAGACCUUCUCAGACCUCUCAGUCACUUGAGUGGCAAGGAAUCCAAGAUAGCCAUGGAUAUUUUGAAUGCAGUUCUGGCUUCAUCACAGAAUUCAUCUGGGGGCAUUAGUCGCAACAACUGGUAUGACGGUCCACCAAGGAAGAUGAGGCGCAUGGACUGGGAUGGGGUGCGAUCACCACCCAUGCACAAGUAUCCCCAGCGUGGAUACCGUCGUAAGUAUAAGGGCUACCGGAGUAUCAGUGGCUAUGCUAAGGGUCCAUUGGAUUAUCGAAAGAUGACAGAAAUCCAGUUAAGGGAAAUGGAAGUGGCCAGGCUAGAAAUGCCUCAACCUGCGAAAAAGGAGAGGAAAGACAGUGAGAAAAAGAUUUUGGCAACAGAAGAAAAACAGGAAGUAAAAGAAGGGGAGCAGGAGAAGGCCACAGCUGAAGAAAACAGUCCUCCUGCUGAUGCUGACAGGAAACAGAGUGAUUCUGCUGAUGAAUUUGAAAGAGAGAUUGACCCAGAUGAUGCAGAGAAAAUGGAUGCUGAUAUUGAUGUGGAAGAACUUGAAUCAGAUGAUAAGCUGCUGAAACCAGAAGAUGAUAAGCAACUGAAACCAGAAGAUGAGAAGCUACUGAAAUCAGAUGAUGACAAGCAGCCAAAAUCAGAAGGUGACAAGCAACUGAAAUUGGAAGACAAGCAACUCAAACCAGAAGAUGAGGAACUCAAGUCAGAAGAUAAGAAGCAACUCAAGCCAGAAGAUAAAAAACAACUCAAGCCAGAAGAUAAGAAGCAACUGACACAGGAAGACAACAGCAAACUCACAGAGGAAGAUGAGAGUCAAGAAGACACCAGUGUCAUCAUUCCUCGGGCAACUCUGAUGUGCCACAUGUGUGAUAUGACUAAAUUUCCCAACACGAAGGUAAGAGCUAGUGUGUCAGUGUGAGAGAGAGUAAAACACAGCUACAUCAUGCAGGUGGA